AUGGUGGCGGGCGAGGUGGUGUUUGAGAGAGGAAAAGUCAUCAACAAAGACUUGCGCCACUACUUGAGCCUUCAGUUCCAGAAGGGCUCGAUAGACCAUAAACUCCAGCAAGUGAUCAGAGACAACCUCUACUUGAGAACCAUCCCUUGCACUACAAGGGCUCCCAGAGAUGGGGAGGUCCCUGGGGUAGACUAUAAUUUCAUUCCUGUUGAGCAGUUUAAAGCGCUGGAAGAAAGCGGAGCCUUGCUAGAAAGCGGAACAUACGAUGGUAAUUUUUAUGGUACCCCGAAGCCUCCAGCGGAGCCCAGCCCCUUCCAGCCUGAUCCAGUGGAUCAAGUUCUUUUUGACAAUGAUUUUGAUACUGAAUCACAGAGGAAAAGAACCACGUCCGUCAGCAAAAUGCAAAGGAUGGACAGUUCUCUCCCUGAAGAGGAGGAAGAGGAGGAAAAGGAGGCCGUUAAUGGCAGCGGAGGAAUAGAAAACAAAGAAAAGCAUUCAGAGCCUCCCGACUGGGUGAAACCUGUUCCCAGCUACAACCAGACAAGCAGCUCCAUGGACUUCAGGAAUUACUUGUCGAGGGAUGAAACCCUGGAACCGCUGCCCAAGAACUGGGAGAUGGCCUACACCGACACUGGCAUGAUCUACUUCAUUGAUCAUAACACCAAGACCACCACGUGGCUUGAUCCACGGCUCUGUAAGAAAGCCAAAGCUCCUGAAGAUUGUGAAGAUGGAGAACUUCCUUAUGGGUGGGAAAAAAUAGAAGACCCUCAAUAUGGAACAUAUUACGUUGAUCACAUCAACCAGAAAACUCAGUUUGAAAACCCUGUAUUGGAAGCCAAAAGGAAAAAACAGCUUGGACAGACUGAUGCUGGCCCGUCAAAAUCAGGGCCAGAGAAGUCUGUCUUCACUAGAGAUCCGUCCCAACUCACAGGGGCACUUAUACGGACAUCGCUGAAAAAGAGUACAAUGGGAUUUGGCUUUACAAUCAUUGGAGGGGACAGACCUGAUGAGUUUCUCCAGGUGAAGAAUGUGUUAAAGGAUGGACCUGCUGCACAAGAUGGGAGAAUUGCACCAGGUGAUGUCAUUGUAGACAUAAAUGGAAGUUGUGUCCUUGGCCAUACCCAUGCAGAUGUUGUCCAGAUGUUUCAACUUGUUCCUGUCAAUCAGUAUGUGAACAUGACUUUGUGUCGUGGUUAUCCUCUUCCUGACGACAACGAAGACCCUGUGGUAGAUAUAGUGGCAGCUACACCUAUUAUCAACGGACUGCCUGUGGCCAAAGGAGAUGCCUGUGUGACCAGCCAAGAUUUAGUAGCAGGAGCAGUUGUGUUGGACCAGAAUGGGAAAAUGGGCCCUAUGUUGGUCAAUGGUCGUCUGAACGGCCCUUGCACAGAUACAGCUGAACAGAGGAUCUCUCUUGCGUCUUCAGGAGGCUCUCAGCCAGAGCUGGUCACCAUUCCUCUAGUCAAAGGUCCUAAGGGCUUUGGGUUUGCCAUUGCAGACAGUCCAACAGGACAGAAGGUGAAAAUGAUUUUAGACAGCCAAUGGUGCCAAGGCCUUCAGAAAGGGGACGUCAUCAAGGAGAUUUGCCAUCAGAACGUACAGAGUUUGACCCAUCUGCAAGUGGUGGAGGUACUGAAGCAGUUUCCAGUAGGAGCAGAGGUGCCGCUGCUUAUCUUAAGAGGAGGUCCACCCUCACCUACUAAAACUGCCAAAGGGAAGGACAAGCAGGACAGUUCAGGUAGUUUGGAAGCUGUCGGCGAUCCCAUCCCGCAGCCGAUGCCAUUUCCACCUACUGCUGUACGACCAGGCUCUCCCAAACCAGACCCUUCGGAAGUCUACCUGAAGUCUAAGACUAUAUAUGAGGACAAACCUCCAAACACAAGAGAAUUGGAUGUUUUCCUGCGAAAACAAGAGUCAGGCUUUGGUUUCCGGGUGCUUGGAGGGGACGGACCAGAUCAGCCCAUUUAUAUCGGAGCCAUAAUCCCGUUGGGAGCAGCAGAAAAAGACGGCAGGCUUCGAGCUGCGGAUGAGCUGAUGUGUAUCGAUGGGGUCCCUGUCAAAGGGAAGUCGCACAAACAAGUUUUGGACUUAAUGACCGGUGCCGCACGGAAUGGUCAGGUGCUGCUCACAGUCCGGAGGAAGAUCUUCUUUGGUGGGGAGAAGCAACCGGAGGAGGAGGAGUCGCAGCCUGUCUUGACGCAAAACGGCUCCCCCCGACUGAACCGGGUAGAGCUUGCAAACCAGCAGUCCCCAGAGGUCUACGAUGUCCGUCUGCAGAGGAAGGAGAACGAAGGAUUUGGCUUCGUCAUCCUCACCUCAAAGAACAAGCCUCCUCCUGGCGUGAUUCCUCACAAGAUUGGGCGAGUUAUAGAUGGGAGCCCAGCUGACCAGUGCGGGAAGCUGAAGGUGGGAGACCGCAUCUCGGCGGUGAACGGUCAGUCCAUCGUUGAGCUCUCGCACGACAGCAUCGUGCAGCUGAUCAAGGACGCGGGCAAUGUGGUGACUCUGACGGUCGUGGCGGAGGAAGAACACCGUGGUCCUCCGUCGGGAACGAACUCCGCCAGGCAGAGCCCGGCUCCGCAGCACCGGCCGCUGGGAUCAGCACAGAUCAGCCCUCCCAGUGCAGACAGGGGAGCUACAGAAGGUGAAGCUGGAAAAGAAGCUUCAAACAGCUACCGGCUGUCCUGGCCCGAGCACAAGCACUUGGCACAAUCGGAUGCCGGCGUCGCUUCAGUGACUGGUGGCCGCCAUUCCCAGGCGCAGAAUCCUGGCUGUUUCCCAGUGGAGUUGGAAAGGGGCCCUCGAGGAUUUGGGUUCAGCCUUCGAGGAGGAAAGGAAUACAACAUGGGCUUAUUCAUCCUUCGACUUGCCGAAGAUGGGCCGGCUGUCAAAGAUGGGAGAGUUCAUGUUGGUGACCAAAUUGUUGAAAUUAAUGGAGAACCCACCCAAGGAAUCACUCACACACGAGCAAUUGAGCUGAUUCAGGCUGGAGGGAAUAAAGUUUUGCUGCUGCUGAGACCAGGGACUGGCUUGAUACCAGAUCACGGUUUGGCUCCUUCCAGUCUGUGUCCCUACGUGAAACCUGAGCAACAUUAAGGGCUUUCAGUGCUUUUCUUGGUUUUUCCUUAAAGACUUGGUAAAUCUGCAUGUCUUGUGUUUCAUCUCUUCCUAUUAUUAAAGUGCAAAGCUUGACUUUUCACUGUUUUCAGUUUUCUUUUAGCAUAACGGUUUCAGUCCAUUUGGUUUUCUUACGUUAAACACCGUAGGUCAGGGACUUUCUGUUUUGCACUUUGCGGUGCGGGCUCUCAAGCUGUGCUGAUACAAGUCCGUGUCAGUCCCGCAGAGGGAGUGCCAGCAUUCGAAGCACAAGUUUUUACCCCAAAUCACAUCCUCGUGGUUCUUGUAGGAUGUAGAAUGAUGCAAUAUAGAAAACUGAUAAGUAAGACUCUGAGUAUGCCACUACAUGAUCUUCUUUAAAUUGAAGAUCUCCUACAACAUUCUGUAGUAUGUGUGUUGCUAAAAUGUUUGCUGGUUUGGGGUUUUUUUUGGUAGUCAUUUAGUGAAAUCUCUUGCUGUUUACUUCCAGGUGAUUGGGAUGGUUCUAAUCCAUCUUCGUCAAAUGUAAUAUAUGAAGAACAGUCACCAUUACCUUCAUCUUCACAUUCUGCUUCCCCGUCUG